AUGUUACGGGAAUCAGACGGUGAGAUGAGUUUAGAGACGACGAAUUCUCCGAUUAGCAGCGGAACAGAGAGUUGCAGCAGUUUCAGCCGUUUAUCAUUCGACGCACCACCGUCUACCAUCCCGGAGGAAGAAAGCUUCCUCUCUCUCAAACCUCACCGUUCCUCGGACUUCGCUUACUCAGAGAUCCGAAGACGGCGUAAACACGGCUUAACCUUCCGAGAUUUCCGUCUGAUGCGUCGAAUCGGCGCCGGAGACAUCGGAACAGUCUAUCUCUGCCGUCUCGCCGGAGGAGGAGACAAAGAAGAAGAAGUUAAACAGAGCUCGUAUUUCGCCAUGAAAGUAGUUGAUAAAGAAGCACUUGCGUUGAAGAAGAAGAUGCAUAGAGCUGAGAUGGAGAAAACGAUAUUGAAGAUGCUUGACCAUCCAUUUUUGCCGACUCUUUACGCAGAGUUUGAAGCUUCACAUUUCUCUUGCAUAGUUAUGGAGUAUUGCUCCGGUGGUGAUUUGCAUUCUCUCCGUCAUAAACAACCUCACCGUAGAUUCUCCCUCUCCUCCGCCAGAUUUUACGCAGCCGAAGUUCUUGUAGCGUUGGAAUAUCUACACAUGCUUGGUAUCAUCUACAGAGAUUUGAAGCCUGAAAAUAUCUUGGUUAGAUCUGACGGUCACAUUAUGCUCUCUGACUUUGACCUUUCUUUAUGCUCCGACUCUAUCGCCGCCGUUGAAUCCUCCGCAUCGUCGCCGGAGAAUCUUCCGCGUUCUUCACCGCGUCGACUCACUCGUCUCGCUCGGCUUUUCCACCGAGUCUUGCGUUCCAAAAAGGUUCAAACGCUCGAACCGAACCGUCUCUUCGUAGCUGAACCGGUCACCGCCCGGUCCGGUUCGUUCGUCGGUACGCAUGAAUACGUGGCACCAGAGGUCGCUUCGGGUGGGUCCCAUGGAAAUGCCGUUGACUGGUGGGCCUUUGGAGUGUUUCUAUACGAGAUCAUUUACGGUCGGACUCCGUUCGCUGCGCCGACUAAUGACGUCAUACUCCGUAACAUAGUCAAAAGACCGUUGGCUUUCCCGACAGAUUCCCCGGCGACGAUGUUUGAGCUACACGCGCGGAGUUUGAUUUCCGGGUUGCUCAACAAAGAUCCGACCAAACGACUCGGGUCACGUCGAGGCGCGGCGGAGGUCAAAGUACAUCCUUUUUUCAAAGGUCUAAACUUUGCGCUCAUACGGACGUUGACUCCGCCGGAGAUUCCCUCCGACGCCAGGAAGCCCAAGAAAUCGGCGACUUUCGGUGGUAGCAAACCAGCGGCGUUCGAUUACUUUUGA